UCUGUGGUGAUGUGAUGUUGAACCUGUGAUCAAGACGUCUGCAAUAUCACAAUAUGUCUGACUAUUUGGAAAUAUUUUUAGAAUUAGCAUAGUCUUAAAUGCAUCUAUUAUCUAUUUCAGAGUUAUAAAUGCCAUGGAUUAUACAUGACAAUAUAGUAAACAGAUCGAUAAGGGGACGAGUUACGUCGAGGAUAUGUGUUAUUGUGGAUUGUGCGAUAUACGUGCGGACAGAUAUGUGCAUGAGGAGGCCCGUUUCAUGAAACAAAGUGAAUUAAUUGCGAGUUCCUUUUCGAUAUAACGUCACGCGACGUCGCGUCAGUUUUGUGGCAAUUUGUGAUAUUGAAGGUGUAAACAUGGAUUCAAGAGUUCAGUGCCCUGUGUGCACUCUAUACUUACACAGUGGUAUGACUUUGGAGUCUCAUUUGGACACACAUCCAAAGGAUCAAGUUAUAAAGGCUUUAUGUAGUCUAUCAAGUAAGAACACCAAUUAUGGGAGUCGUACCACAACUCCGUCGCAGUCUGAGCGUUCCUACCAGAGUCGAUCUCGUACUCCGGCGGCAGACGACGGCAUGCGGUGGAUGGGCUCCCACCAGAGCUUGGAUAGCGAAAAAUAUUGGAGAAGAACACCAAGUAGAAGUAAAUUAACACCACUUUCUAACCCAUCCAGAAAUGUCACACCAGAUAUUAGAAUUGGUGAUGUUAGUUUUGAAAAUAAUCAUAUUAACCAUGGAGGUCAAUAUUCUGAAAAUUCUUACACAAUGAAACUAGAUAAAACACAGCAGACAUAUGCAUCCAAUGUCCGAGUAGCAGAAUUUGACCAACAAUACCCAUAUUAUCCUGAGCAAAGUGAAGAUCGGGAGAUUAAAUAUUCUCGUAGUUUAGACUACAAUACAAUUGAUAGUGCAGGUAAUGCUUUUACUUAUAACAUGCCUCAGAUUGCUCCUAAAACUAAUACAUCUGUUGCAUCAACACUAGUACCACCGAAGAAAAGUUGUGACCUCGUUAAGCUAAUGCCCAAACCGGAGUUUGUUAAGUUACUGCCAAAGUCUAAUAAUAUUCUCUUUAAAAAUAUGAGUGGAGUACAAUAUAUAGCACCAGGUGUUAAUGUGGUGAUGCCAUCAUCACCUUUUGUCCAGAAAAAUGUUCAAAGUAACAUGAUAAUGUCUGGGAAUUUACCUCCAAAUCCAACACUGAAUACCAAAGGAGGAGCUCAACCCAUCAUCCCCAAUCAGUAUAACCAAAUGGGACCCAGUACCUUCUCACCAGGCACUACAGUGGUUACCCAAAACUCACAGAUUAUAUAUAGAGAAAUGGUUCACAAUUUGGAUGGUAAACCAUUUAUUUCAACUAUGCCUAAUAUGCUCGGAGGUCAUGACAACAUGGGAAACGUCACUCAGAGUAGCUCUAUAUACCAGAAUGUUGUAGUUGUUGACCAGUUUGGUAAUACCUCAUGUAUGUAUGCAAACCCACAACAAAUAUUGCAAAAGCCUUGCAAUGCUUCUAUCUACCCUGAAAGCUCAUUACUAUUACCUAAUGAACAUAAGAAGAGAUCUAAUGAUGAUGUGGAUUGCAAUAAAACUCUGAUCAUUGAAGUUAGUCCCAUCAACACUCCAGCUACUGCGAGGAUUAGUGAUGCUAGUGGAAGUUCAUCUCUUGGGCCAUCAUCAGGUGAUGAUAAUAGUAAAACAGAAGAAACAGAGUUAAAAAAUGAACCCAUCGGCACUACUAAGGGUCUUAAAAUCCUGAGCAAUAUUAAAGUGGAAGUGCCAGUCCAACAUAAGAAAAGCAUGUUAAAUACAGUAAUGGAUUUAACAGGAACCAAUGAUCAAGAAUACCCUGAAAGAUCAGUCACACCAGAAAAGAUAUUACCUGAUCUAGAAGACAACAAUCAGAGUUUUUCGGAUGAGUGCACACAGCCUUCCGUAGCAAGUGGUGAUAGCUUGGUGUCAAAUGCUUUUUCUGUGAUAAAAAAUGUAGGAAAUCCUCCAGCAUACAAAGAUUCGCCUUCCAAGUCUAGUAUUGUAGGUAGCAAAAUUGAAACUGAUUUUUCGGAUAGUUGUCCUGUACCUGAUUUAAUAUGUAAUGAGAAACCUUCUAUUUCUCCAUGUAGUGAAUUAUCAGAACAUGGGGACAAUUCUACAGAUAAUGUGCCAUUGUCACCUAAAGCUGACAGUAGUAGGAGUAGUCUAAUUGCUAUGAAUGAAAGUGCAGAAGAGAGUAAAUUCCUACACAAGGAAUCCAAGAAGAAUACCCUCAGGUUGAACAACAUCUAUGUUAAAAAGCACAAGAAAAUUCUGCAGAUUAAAAAUGCAAAGACAAAUUUAUCACUUGAGUCCUCCAAUAAAAGUGAAAUGGAGCCUCUACCCUCGUCUUCUAUGUGUAAAACGCCAGAAAAUUUUAGUAUGAAUAAAAUACAUCAUACUGAAAAAAUAGAAAGUCCGAAAACCAGUUCCUUACAUACUGUGUCUAUUGAGAAAUUAAAAGGUAAUGACCAUAAUGAGUUUGAUGCUGACACGGAGGAGCAGUCCAUGGACAUAGAACCUAUAGCGCCAUCUAGUUUAAAUGACUCUAAUCAAUUUUCAAUGCAUGAAGUGAAGGUAAAGGAAGAAUUUAACACCAGUAAUGAGGGUGGCUUUAGUAACCAAGGUAGACCAUUACAGAAUAUACCACAAUUGGAGAGUUUGAGACCUAUCAAUGUGAUAUCUUACUGUAACAUGGUUCCUGGAGAUUUUGAUAAUGAUUCCAACCACAGGGAACUGUUAGACUUGGAGGCUUCAUCAAAGAACAAACAGUUUGUUAAUAUGAUGAACGAAAACUAUUUUGGUGAUAAUAUUUAUGCAGACUACUUCACACCAGAUCGGGUUGAAUCAUUUGCGGCUCAAAAAGAAUCUAGUUUUAGAGAAGGGCCGAAAGACAACAUGUACAUUUGGGGCGAGCCUUCCCAGAAGGAAUCUGAGUUUGUGUUGCCAAAUUUUAUUCAUGAGAGUUACAAGAUAGCUGAGAGUAAUGGGGCUGAUUACUCGGAGAUGGGUGAAGGAUGCAACAUUGGUAUGGCUGACCGGUGUGAACAGGACAGUAAAGUGGACAUGCUGAGUGAGAGUCGAAGUGAAGGAGAGACUCCAUUGAACAUUUGCGCAGACGAGCGCAUGCCACCACGGGGAGAGCUCAGCGGACAGGAGAGUAAUGGAGAUAUGGAGUCACCAUGGAGUGGGAUGUACAAUGAGGUUACACCCUCGGAGCCCUACGACCUGAUGGCGCGAGAGAGCUGGGUGUCAGACGGCUCUGAUGUGGACGCAAACGAGAAACGGGAUAACAUUGAGGACGAGCUUCACUUUGCAAAGAGCAGAUUGCACACGUGUUCACAAUGCGGUAUCAAAUAUCCAUCGCUGAAGGAGCUGCGGGCACACAAGGCACUUGCCCACUCCCUUCCUACUUGUUCUAAUGGGAAGACCAGCUACAGUCGUCUGGUCACUGCGAGGAGUAUUAAAAAAGAGGAGAAACUAGAUGAAACUGUUUUGGAAAGGAAUCUCCUAACGAUAGAUUCAAAGGAAUCAAUGGCAACGACGAUGCAGCAAGUGUAUGAUGCUAUAGCGGAAGCUAAACCCGCUAUAGAAACACUAGUGAAACAGGAGACAAAGAGGAAGAAAAAAGAUUACAUCUGUCCGACGUGUAAAGUGGAUCAGUUAACGGAAGUUUCAUUCAAUGCCCAUCUUAAAAUACAUCCUUUGGAAUGUCUCACUUGUGGGAAAUGCUUCUUCAAAAGAGGUAGUCUCGCAUUACACAUGAAAACUCAUUUAGGAAUCAAGAAUUUUAAAUGUGAUCUGUGCGAGAAGCGUUUCGUGACGCGUCAGAAGUUGACGGAGCACCGCAAUGUGCACACAGGUCGUAUGCCAAUCAAGUGCACCGUCUGCGAUGAUACCUUUCGCAGAUAUUCCAAUAUGGCGCAGCACAGGGACCGCCACCAUUUCCAGAAGAGGGCGAAGGUCCGCGACUUCGUGUGUCACUGCGGUGCUGUGUAUCACUCGCGGGCGAAGCUCCUCUGGCACAAGGAGACUCACGACUCCAAGCCCAAGUCUUGUCUCUUCUGCAGUGACAAGUUUGUGCAUUCCUCUUCACUGACACGUCAUGUCAGACGUACACACAACGCGCACUUCCUCUCCGAUAAAGUGAAGGGAAAGGAGGUUAAUGUGCCUUGUCCUGUUUGUAAGCAGAUAUACCUAAGAUCGAAUUUACGAGCUCACCUAUUAAUACAUAGCGGUAAAAAGCCAUACCCAUGCGUCAUUUGUAACAAAUCCUUCACAACCAAGUGGAAUCUCAAACUGCAUCGAUGGACUCACAUGAGUCGGUCCGCUAAACCUUUCAAGUGUCAUCUGUGUAAAGGUGCCUUUAUACGAUACACGGAAUACAUAUCACAUAUGAAUUCACACAAGUCUCUAAGACCGUAUACGUGUAAUUACUGCGGUUGUCAAUUCAUCAGGAAAUAUAAUUGUCAACGUCAUGUCAGGGAGCACGAAAUGGCAAAGAAGUUUGUCUGCAAAGUGCCCGAAUGUGGGAAAUCAUUCCACAGGAGUUACUAUUUGUCGGAACAUAUGAAAGUACAUAGUGGUGCGAGGCCGUUCUCAUGUAAUAUAUGUGGGAAAACUUCAAGCAAUAAAUCUAACCAUAAUAAGCAUGUGAAGAUUCACCAUGCUAGAGAACCCGUGGCAACUGAGGCAUAGAAUCCUCGGCUGGUUAGUGUACGGUGACUUUUAGUGGUUAUUUGGUGAAAAGUGUUAAGUUCCUUCUUUUAAAUAUGGUUGUGCUAUUUUGCUACAUCUUAUGCGGCAAUAUAUUAAAUUUGAAGAUAAUUGAUUUGACAUUAUUGUCAAAUAGAACAUCUCGAAAGGGCAUUUGUAAGUAUUUUUUAUU